AUGACUAAGAGAGUUCUAUUGUUAGGUUCUGGGUUCGUUGCCCAACCAGUCAUCGACACCCUAUCUGCUACCGACGGUAUUGAAGUCACUGUUGCUUGUAGAACCCAAGCUAAUGCUGAAAAAUUAGCUAAACCAUCUGGUUCAGCUGCUAUUUCCUUAGAUGUUACUAAGGAUGAUGAAUUGGAUGCUGCUUUGACUAACCAUGAUUUGGUUAUUUCUUUGAUUCCUUACAUCUACCAUCCAAACGUCGUUAGAAGUGCUAUCAGAUUAAAGAAGGAUGUCGUUACUUCUUCUUACAUUUCUCCAGCUCUAAGAGAACUAGAACCAGCAAUUAAGAAAGCUGGUAUUACAGUCAUGAACGAAAUUGGUCUAGAUCCAGGUAUCGAUCACUUAUAUGCCGUUAAGAUGAUUGAUGAAGUUCACAGAGAAGGUGGUAAAAUCAAAUCCUUCUUGUCCUACUGUGGUGGUUUGCCAGCUCCAGAAGAUUCUGACAAUCCUUUGGGUUACAAGUUCUCUUGGUCCUCUAGAGGUGUUCUCUUGGCUUUGAGAAACUCCGCUAAAUACUGGAAGGAUGGUAAGAUUGUUAACAUUGCCUCUGCAGAUCUAAUGGCUUCUGCUAAACCAUACUUCAUUUACCCAGGUUUCGCUUUUGUUUGUUAUCCAAACAGAGACUCCACUCUAUUCAAGGAAUUAUACCACAUCCCAGAAGCUGAAACCGUUAUUAGAGGUACUUUAAGAUUCCAAGGCUUCCCAGAAUUCGUUAAGAGUUUGGUUGACAUUGGUUUCCUAAAGGAUGACGCUAACGACAUUUUCAGCAAACCAAUUGCAUGGAAGGAUGCCCUACAACAAUACUUAGGUGCUUCAUCUUCAUCUAAAACCGACUUAAUUGCUAAGAUCGACUCUUUGACCAAAUGGAAGGAUGCUGAUGACAGAGAAAGAAUUCUAGGUGGUUACCAAUGGUUAGGUUUCUUCUCCGAUGAAAAUAUUACGCCAAGAGGUAACCCUCUUGAUACUCUAUGUGCUCGUCUAGAAGAGUUAAUGCAAUACGAAGAAGGUGAACGUGAUUUGGUUGUUCUACAACAUAAGUUUGGUAUCGAAAAUGCUGACGGUACUACUGAAACCAGAACAUCUACUUUGGUUGACUACGGUAAGGUUGGUGGUUACAGUUCUAUGGCUGCUACCGUCGGCUACCCAGUUUCUGUUGCCACUAGAUUAGUUCUAAAUGGUACCAUAAAGGGUCCAGGUCUGGUUGCCCCAUACUCUCCAGAGAUCAAUGAUCCAAUCAUGAAGGAAUUGAAGGAGAAAUACGGCAUUUUCUUGGUUGAAAAGACUGUUGGUUAG